GAGCAGGUCCCUGUUCCUGUGUAUCACCCGACGCCCAGCCAGACUCGGCUGGCAACGCAGCUGACAGAAGAGGAACAAAUCAGAAUAGCGCAGCGGAUAGGCCUUAUCCAGCACCUACCCAAAGGAGUCUAUGACCCGGGGAGAGACGGCUCCGAGAAGAAGAUCAGAGAAUGCGUCAUUUGUAUGAUGGACUUUGUUUAUGGGGACCCUAUCCGAUUUCUGCCCUGCAUGCACAUUUACCACCUGGACUGUAUAGAUGACUGGUUGAUGAGAUCCUUUACCUGUCCAUCCUGCAUGGAGCCAGUGGAUGCAGCGCUGCUUUCCUCAUACGAGACUAACUGAGCCAGGGUUUCUCCACUCGCCCUUCCAGGAGACCAUCCACUUCAAUGGGUUUGAUCCUUUUGUCAUUCAGCCCAAAGAGCCAGGAAUUAGGAAUUAAGAUCGUGCACAAAGUAUACAUUUCCUAAUAAAUAAAUAAAAAAAUUAUUCCUGAAUGGCUGCAAAUAUUGGAAAAACCAUAGUAUUUUAGAGACUAUAGAAAAAGUAGGUUGUUAUUUUUAAUGUAAAGCCUUGACCCACCAUUGUCUUUUAAUGUUUGUUCUUACACCCAUAUAUAGGAAUUGUGUAAAGUGUUACAGCAACUGUAAAUGUUUAAACUGCGUGUAUCCGAUUUUAUUAGCAGCAAGAUAAGAGUAUUUUUUUCCUAAAUAAAGUAACCAGUUUUGUUCUGAUUCUUUUCACAAGUCCUGGCAUUUGGGUCAAGGCUUUAUUGAAAUCUACAUUUUAUAACACUGGCACAAAGAAAUAGUUUUAAGCUUGUUUGCACAGUUCUUUUUCUUUUUUUUUCUUUUUUUUUUUUCCAUUGGAGAUGGAAUUCAUUGCCUUAGGUCUUUUUAAUAGUGUAUUGUUAUUGUUGGGCUGGCUCUAUGCUUGAAAACCAGUUUAUUUAUAACCUGUUAAAAGUGCUAUAUUUUGUUUGCAGUUAGGAAUAUGCAGAUUUCAAAGUGAUCUCCUAGCUUGUAAGCAAACUGAGAUGCAUUAUCCCUUUUCUACAAAUGAUGUGGAAUAUGAAGAUAUGAAACAAGUCCUACAGUGAAAUUAUGGUUUCAUGGGUUUUUUUUUAAAACUUGCUUCGGUUUUGAUGAAACAACAGUCCUUAAACUUUGUCACCUUUAACUUCACCAGGUUAAAUGUGGGCCAGAUGGACAAUAAAUAGUUAAGCUACCAUGACUGAAAAAAAAUAUAUAAUUAUUUGGAACUAAUGUAGUGUUAGCAUUGAUCACUUAAUUCUAAUUUUUUCUCCCUAAAAAUGGUUGUCUCUGAUCAUAGUAAAUGGAUACUGCAUCUCUCGUUCUUGUAGUUCUUAGGUUAUCAGAAGUUAAGAAUAAACAUACUGUAUCUCAGUCUCCUGUAUUAAAUCUAUCUGUUAAGCCCUGCUGGUUGACAUGUCAGUCCACCGAGCAGAUAGGAAAUCAGAUAUGAGAAAAAUAUAUUUUGUUCUGCACAGAAAUGCAAAAUUUAUCUAAACACAGACUGUCAGAGUAGCAGUUGAGGGGGGAGAAACAGAACUGCUACAGCCAGAAAGACACAAUUAGCUAAUUCCUGUAGCAACAGUAUGUGCUUGUUAAGAGAUGGUCUAGCAGAGAUUAUAGCUGUAAAGACCUUUUAUCCACUUUGCAUGGUUUUGUUUGGGGUUGUUUUUUUUUUUCAUUCCCCUCUUUAAUGUACCCUACUGUGACUUUUAUACAUUCAACGCAGCGCUGAUACACUGAGAAGUCCUGGUGUUGCAAAAUGAGAUGCAAUCUCAAGUUAACCACAACAAAUCAGGGACUGUUCUUGGUUGUUUUUCGUAUAUAGUUUGAGUACUUUAAACACAACUUGUUGUAUCGAGUACUUUGAAGACUUAGUGUAUUUACAACACGGAAGAAUUGUGCAUAUUAUGGAUAAUUUUUGAAGGGUUGGUCAGCAAAAUGUAGAAUCAGUAUGUUGAUUUAUUUAUUAUUCCUGCAGCCAACAGCAACCUGCCCUCUUAGAGAAGAACUCCAAGUAGCAGUCAGAAGGAAUUGAAAUCAACAGUUUUAGAGAUUCACUCAAAUUGCUACACAUUUAUCUGGAUGCAAUUUUUUGCUGAAUUCAUACAUAACCUAAUUACAUGGAUCAAAAUCUGGGAAGAGAGACCAGAGAGACUUGAAGUUGUGCAAUAUCAUUGUUCCUUUUCAUCAUUCCAUGUGUGUUCCUUUGUGUCCUUCUUUUUUGUCUGUUUGUUUUGGGGGUUUGGUUUCUCUCUCUUUUCACAAAACCAACCAACAAUGUCCACAUUAAGUAUUCAUUUCUUUAUCUUGUUAAAACUGGCAAAUGAACAAUUUGAAAAAAACA